UCAUUCACCUCACGACACCGUAGCGGCCGGCCGAAAGCCCUUACUAUACGUGAGGCUCGUUAUAUUACUAGAAUAGUACGGCGGACCCCUAGAAUUAGCUGGGCAUUGCUAUCAAAAGCGGACCGCGAAUAUAUAGGCCGUUCCUUGAGC